AUGGCCAUCCGGAGCUUUGCAACAACACUCCUCGCCGCUUACUUCGCCAUCGUGCAGCAUGUGGCCUCGGUUACACCGGCAGCUGCUGCCACGGCUGCUCCGUCGCCUGAUACCGCGUCCUUCCUCCACUGCCUCGCCGUCCACCUCCCUCCGCAAGCCGUCUACACGAACGCGUCCCGGUUGUACCCGAUCGCCCUCGAGUCCUCCAUCAAGAACCUGCUGUUCGUGACGCCGGCGACCCCGAAGCCAAUCGCCAUCGUCGCGGCCGGCAACGCCUCCCAUGUCCAGGCCGCCGUGCGCUGUGGCGUCCGCCACGGUAUCAGCGUGCGCCCGCGCAGCGGCGGCCAUGACUACGAGGGUCUGUCCUACCGCUCCCUCCGCGCGGGGCGGCCCUUCGCCGUCCUUGACCUGGCCUGGCUCCGCGCCGUCAGCGUCGACGUCGGGAACGAGACGGCGUGGGUCGGCUCGGGCGCCACGCUCGGCGAGCUGUACUACGCCAUCGCAGACCACAGCGCGCGCCUCGGGUUCCCCGGUGGUGUUGGGCCGACGGUGGGCGUCGGAGGUCACCUCAGCGGCGGCGGCUUCGGGCUGCUGCUGCGGAAGCACGGCCUCGCCGCGGACCAUGUCAUCGACGCCGUAAUCGUGGACGCCAAGGGGAGGCUGCUGGACAGGGCUGCCAUGGGCGAGGACCUCUUCUGGGCCAUACGAGGCGGCGGCGGCGGGAGCUUCGGCAUCGUGCUGUCCUGGAAGCUGCGCCUGGUGCGCGUGCCACCGGUCGUCACAGUGUUCACCGUCCACCGGCCAAGGAGCCAGUCCGCCACCGCUCUCCUCACCAGGUGGCAGCAGGUGGCGCCGGCGAUGCCCCGCGACGUCAUCCUCCGCGUCGUCUUGCAGAACCAGGACGCACAGUUCGAGUCCCUGUACCUCGGCACGUGCGCCGGCCUCGUCGCCACCAUGGCCCGGAGCUUCCCGGAGCUCGGCGUGAAGGCGCGGGACUGCAUCGAGAUGACAUGGAUCCAGUCCGUCCUCUACUUCGCGUUCUACGGCACGGGGAAGCCGAUGGAGCAGCUCCUGGACCGGGGAACCAAGCCGGAGCGCUACUUCAAGGCCAAGUCGGACUACGUGACGGAACCCAUGCCGAGCCACGUGUGGGAGAGCACGUGGAGCUGGUUGCUCAAGGACGGCGCCGGACUCCUGAUCCUGGACCCCUACGGCGGCAGGAUGGGCAGCGUCGCGCCAUCAGCGACGCCGUUCCCGCACCGGCGAGAGCUCUACAACCUCCAGUACUACGGGUUCUGGUUCGAGAACGGGACAGAGGCGAAGGAGAAGCAUGUGGGCUGGAUCAAGGGGCUGCACCGGGAGAUGGAGCCGUACGUGAGCAAGAACCCCAGGGGCGCCUACGUGAACUACAGGGACCUGGACCUCGGUGUCAACGAUGACGACGACCAUGGCCUGACUAGCUAUGGGAAGGCGAGGGUUUGGGGGGAGGCGUACUUCAAGGCGAACUUUGAGAGGCUUGCCGCCGUGAAGGCGAAGGUGGAUCCCCAGGACUUCUUCAGGCACGAGCAGAGCAUCCCUCCACUCGUGUCCACCCUGAGAAACUUGUGA